AUGGCUCAUUCUGACCAACUCUCUCGAUGGCUGCUGCGUCUUGCUGACUUGACUGAGCUUAUGCUCCCCACUGACUAUCCUCGUCCUGUUCCUAUCCGGACAGUCGAGGCAGAGCUCGUCGUUGACAUUUCUGAACCCACUGCCAUGGCAAUCAUGCAGUUAUCCAUUGCUGCUCAAGCCAAUAAUCCACACAGUCUAGAUGAAAUGGUCUCUCCGUUUACCAUUCUCUUGGCUGCCUUCUCCGUGCUGCUUCAUCGCUACACUGGCGAGCAAGACAUUACUAUUGGCUCGUCUUCUUCUACAUCGAAUCCGCUUGUUUUACGCACUGCUAUUCAGGACUCGGACUCGUUUGUUCAUGUCAUGGCUGCUGUUCAACAGACUGAGACUGCUGCUCUUGCUGAUGAAAUCCCAUUCUCUGUGUUGGCUGACAAGAUGGUUUGCAUGCAUGCAUCCAGCAAGGAUGAUGCUGCUCAGCAGCCAUCUCUGUUCAAAGUUCGUUUCUUCAAUCAAACUGACACUACUGCUGACACCCUUGCUUCCUCAACGACCUUUUCAAACUGCGAUCUGACCGUCUUUAUAUCUCAGAAACCAACACUUCGGCGUCUGCUGCCCAUUCAAAUCAAGAUCGUAUACAAUUCUGUCCUGUUUUCGUUAAGUCGCAUUCAAGAUAUUGUCGAUCAGCUACAGACUUUUCUCGUUUCUGCUGCUUCAAAUCCACUCGUUGCUAUCAAUCAAAUCUCCUUGGUCACUCUUGCAUCAAAGGCAGUUCUUCCUGAUCCUUGUGCCGAUUUGGAUUGGGGUGGUUUUAAAGGCGCCAUUACAGAUAUAUUUUCAUCUAAUGCUAAACUACAUCCUGACAGACCCUGUGUUGUUGAGAGCAUGUCGUCUGGAAAUAGUCGCACUUUUACUUACCAAGAUAUCAACCAUGCAGCUAAUAUCGUAGCACAUCACCUAAUAAAUCAAGGAAUUAAACGCGAAGAUGUGGUCGUGUUAUAUUCCUAUCGUGGUGUGGAUCUUGUCGUUGCCAUAAUGGGUGUGUUGAAAGCUGGUGCGACGUUUAGCGUAAUAGAUCCUGCCUAUCCACCUGCACGGCAAAUCAUAUACCUUACAGUGGCUCAACCGCGUGGUCUGAUUGUAUUGGAAAAGGCUGGGGUUCUUGACAACAGCGUUAGAUCUUACAUUAAAGAGGAGUUGUCAAUCAUUUGUGAAAUACCAUCUCUUUCAAUAUCCAGUAAUGGGGUUCUUACUGGUGGGGGCGACACCAAUAAUGACAUGCUCGAGUAUUUGCAGGAUCGUGCUGAUUUAGACCCUCAAGUCGUAAUUGGUCCAGACUCCAUUGGCACGCUAAGUUUUACGAGCGGUAGUACUGGGAUCCCUAAAGGUGUUUGUGGCAGGCAUUAUUCGCUUACGCAUUUCUACCCUUGGAUGAGUCAAGAGUUUGAACUGACUGAAGCUGAAAGAUUUACCAUGCUCAGUGGAAUUGCGCACGAUCCCAUUCAAAGAGAUAUUUUUACACCACUGUUUCUUGGUGCUUGCUUAUGCAUUCCUACUGCAGAGGACAUUGGUUCCCCAGGGAGAUUGGCCGAGUGGAUGAGUAUACAGCGUAUUACCGUUACAAACCUUACUCCAGCCAUGGGUCAACUUCUCUCUGCUAAUGCAACCAGCUCUAUUCCUUCCCUUCGUCAUGCAUUUUUUGUAGGAGAUGUGCUGACCAAACGCGAUGUGCUGAGAUUGCAGCAUCUUGCUUCAAACACGCAUGUUAUCAACAUGUAUGGCACCACAGAAACACAACGUGCAGUAUCUUUUCUCAAAAUACCUCCUAUUUCUGUAAACCCUGCUUAUUUGAUGGAAGAAAAGGAUAUCAUGCCAGCUGGAAAAGGCAUGAAAGAUGUGCAGCUUCUCAUCAUAAACAACAAAAGCAAUAUUCUAUGUGGUGUCGGUGAAGUAGGAGAAAUUUUUGUGCGAAGCGGUGGUCUUGCAGAAGGAUAUUUGUCAUUACCAGACAUUACCAGCUCCAAGUUUGUACUGAAUCCAUUCAAUCCUUGUGCAGCAAGCAUUCACGGUUUAGAAAAUGAUCCAAAGAUACCGUUUUAUCGUGGUCCUCGUGAUCGACUUUAUCGCACAGGCGAUCUGGGCCGGUAUCGUCCUGACGGUAGUGUUGAAUGCACUGGACGAGCAGACGAUCAGGUAAAAAUCAGGGGAUUCCGAAUUGAACUUGGAGAAAUUGAUACUCAUUUGAGUCAAUAUCCUGGCAUUCGAGAAAAUGUCACUCUUGUGCGACGAGACAAAUUCGAGGAAAUGACACUUGUUACGUAUUUUGUGCCUAUGGGUACAAUUGAAGAUAUCAGUGAAACUAUUCGAGACAUUCGUGCAUAUCUUAAACAAAAACUACCAUCCUAUGCAAUUCCUGCAGUAUUUGCUCCACUUGCACGACUACCGCUCACUCCAAAUGGAAAAAUUGACAAAAAUAUUCUUCCGUUCCCAGAUACAAUGCUGGCCAAAGCUGCAGAUUCUGCAGGCUCUAAAGGUCAACGAUCAGAUAUGACUAUGCUGCAAAGUGAGAUCUGCACUAUAUGGGCAUCUUUGCUGAAUGUGCCAAUGAUGUCUAUUGGACUGCAUGAUAAUUUCUUUGAACUGGGAGGACAUUCGAUUCUUGCAACACGUCUUGUUAUUGAAAUCCGCAAUGCAUUCAUUAUUGACGCUUCUUUGGGUAUCGUAUACAAAUCGUCCACUAUAUUUGAAAUGGCAAAGGCAGUAGAGCGUCUAAGAGGCGAGGAUUUGGUAGACCUACCAGCUGAAGAAAAAUCAUUUGACUAUGCAGGCGAUUUGGAAAUUGUAGAUGACUCAUUAAUCUGCUCAUCCAAUCUGCCCUGUUACUCUCAUUCCAAAUUAUCUGUGGACAAACAAACGGUCAUUUUUUUGACGGGCACGACAGGAUUUUUAGGAGCUUUUAUUCUUCGUUCUCUGUUGCAUAAAUUUCCUAAUGCAAAGAUAAUAUGUUUGGUCAGAGCCGCAACCGAUGCCGAUGCAUUAUCACGAGUAAUUGAUAGUAGUCAACGUCACCUUCUUUGGAAUCAAGAGUGGCUUGAUUCUGGAAGAAUUGAUGCGGUAGCUGGUGAUUUGGGAUCAGAACAUUUUGGUUUGUCAUCAGAAGUUUGGCUUUCUCUGUCAGAAAGGGUAGAUGCCAUUGUGCACAACGGUGCUCUAGUUCAUUGGGUUUAUCCCUAUGAAAAGCUUCGUGCAGCUAAUGUCAUGGGUACACGAACAGCGUUGGUUCUAGCAACCACGCAUCGAUUGAAAGCCGUGCAUUUUGUCUCGUCUACGUCUGUGCUGGAUACGGAAGAGUACAUGCGCAAACAAGAGGCAGGGGCGAGCGUUUUAGAAUCAGACAGCCUUGAAGGAUCUCGUACAGGUUUGAGAAGUGGAUAUGGACAAACAAAAUGGGUUGCAGAAAAGCUGAUUAUGCGAGCAAGGAGUCGAGGUGUGCCUGCAACCAUUAUUCGCCCUGGGUAUAUUGCUGGAGAUUCUGCUGCCGGAGUCACAAAUACAGAUGAUUUUCUGUGGAGACUUGUCAAGGGAUGUAUCCAGCUAGGCAAAGUACCACUUAUUUCCAACAUCAUCAACGUAUGUCCUGUAGACUAUGUUGCAGAUUGUAUCUCUGAGAUUGUAGCUUCAGAAAAGAGUUUUGAGCUGGGUGUAUUUCACAUGUGGAAUCGCGACCGAUUUCGUUUCAAUGACAUGUUUUCUAGCCUGUCGCUGUUGGGCCACAAUUUGGAACAAUCCGAGUAUGUUCACUGGAGAUCUGCCUUGAUGGAGCUGACUCUUUCCACAAUGGACAACGCACUUUUUCCUUUGCUUCACUUUGUACUUGACGAUCUACCAACCAGCACAAAAAGUCCAGAGCUGGAUGAUUCGCAUACUAUCUCCAUCAUUUCCAAUACUAAAACACGAUGUGCAAACAUGCAUCAACUGAUGCCACUCUAUCUCGGGUAUCUGGUUGCAGUCAAGUUUUUAGAAGCUCCCACUGACUCCAAUCUUCCUUUUAUAGAUAUGUGGAGUUCAGCUCGUGGGGUUUCUAGAAGUGGAAACUAG